AUGAGUAAGGAAAUGUUAGAGAGGAAGAUAGAGAUGCGAUUACCUUCAUUGGAAAGUUCAGUUAGAGAAACUGAAAGAAGUAUGUUUGAUCCUGAGGUGCAACUUAAGUUGAGAGAAAUGGGAAUGAAUUUAGAAUUAGAGAAAGAAAGGAAUGUGUUGGAGAGGGAGAAGUUGGAAUUAGCGAAGCAGCGAGAGAAGAGAAUAAUAGCAGAAUUAGAAUUACAGAAGCAGAAAGUUGAGUAUAUAGAAGAAAGAGGUGAUUGUGCAAAAGCAAGAGUCCCUAAAUUGCCAAUUUUUAACGAAGAGAGAGAUGAGAUUGAUUGUUAUAUUAAUCGUUUUGAGCGGUACGCCAAAGUACAGAAAUGGUCCCAGUGUGAUUGGGCUACUAACUUGAGUGCUCUUUUAACAGGGGGUGCAUUGGAAGUAUAUUCUCGAUUGGCCACUAAGGAUGCCGAUGAUUAUCAAGUUUUGAAACAUGCCCUUUUAAAAAGAUAUGAUUUUACUCCUGAUGGGUUUCGUAAACAAUUUGUUCAUAUUUCCCCUAAGCCCAAUGAAACAGCAUAUCAAUAUGGUACGCGACUCGAGCAUGUAUUUACAAGGUGGAUUGAAAUGGAAAAUACCACACAAUCAUUUGAUGGUUUAAAAGAUUUGAUCUUAAGAACUCAAUUUGUUGAAGGUUGUCCUUUGGAUUUGGCUUUAUUUUUAAAAGAAAAACAAUUUGUAUCCUAUAAAGAAACUAUGCUUUGCACUGAACGCUAUUUGGAAGCCAGGGGUGGACAUUUUGAUUCUCUAGAAACUGAGAAACCACAAUGUCUUGUUAAUCAUUCAGUUCAACCACGUUCUUACAAUGUUAAUCAAAUUAUACCUCAUGUUGGCAACACCCAACAACGGUCAGCAUACACUCCCAAUUCUUCCCAGAUUACUUGUUUCAAAUGUAAUAGGCCUGGUCACCGGGCCAGGGAUUGUAAAGUUGUUAGAAAAUGCCGUAACUGUGGUAAAAUUGGUCACUUUUCCUCGAAUUGUAAAUUCCCUACACAGUCUGCCGGUUGCCAGGUAGAUACUGAUGUAGAAGAAAUUGUUGGUUGUCUUAUGGUCAAGGUUCCUGAGAUCCAAUGUAAUUUUGGACAGUCCUUUGAGAGAGUGAGUUUUGCUUGUAACUCUUCUAACGCUGUUAGAAUGCCUGUAGUCAAAGGAAAGAUUGGUGAUACGUUGGUGUCUGUGCUGAGAGAUAGUGGAUGUAGUGGAGUGGUGGUUCGCAGAAACUUAGUAUCCGAAAGUGACUUUUACAGGCGAACUUCAACAGUGUAUUCUUAUUGA